AUGUCUCUAUCACCAGUCCUUGUGGUUCCAGCAUUACUUCCUUUGGCAUUUGCAGCCAACUUGGGAGGAUUCGAUUCACCCAGAGACUCUGGAAACAAUAACGACGACAGUGGAGACACUGCUGAAACCGCUGGAAACACCCAGAACACUCAGAACACCAACGCCAACACAGCUCAGACAGCCACCCAGGGAACCAACACAGCAAACACCAACACUGCUAAUACUGCAACUGCCAACACUGCAACAGCUAACACAGCAACUGCAAACACCAAUACUGCCACAGCCAAUACUGCAACAGCCAACACCAAUACUGCCAACACGAACACAAACACCGCAACUGGCACCCAGACAGGCAAGACAAUCGACACAAGACUCGAGACCACUGGAACGGCAGCAACACAGCAGACUCAGUCUCCUUCAGCAACUCUGUUGGAAACCACUGAUGGCUCUGCAACAUUCAACAAGUGGGGCUUCACUGGUUCUCAAUCUCGUUGGGAGGCCCAAACUGAGACCCAGUCAUCUGCUUCUGGAUCAGAGUCUGAAUCGAAAUCCCACACCGCAUCUAUUCUGGGCAACAACACCUCUGGAGCUAUGAGAAUUGGAGGAGCCACCUCAGAAAUCGGCUGGAAGGCAACUGCUUUUGUUGGUGCAAUUGCCGCAUUGACCAUUGGUCUCCACUCCCUUUAA